UCAGUCGCGCCGUUGAUGAACGCGCCACUACGCGAGCGCACACGCUCUGUUUUAAAUUUUUUGACGUUUCCAAAUUCGUAAUCGUGCUUGUAAAAUUGUGCGAAGCCGCUUGACGAUUGACAUUUUUUGUGCCUACUUACAAUUUAGUACGGAUUACGCGAUUACCGCAGCCUACGUGCGAGCUGUUGAAGAUUUUACUAGAGGGAACCCUGUCAUAGGGAAAGCCGACGUUGGCAGACACGGCGUAUCUUAUAAGAAUCAGUGGACACUUCUGGCAUCGUCGAGCGCGUGCCGGCAACCGGAUGCGCCAGCGGCGACAUAAUGUGGCUUCUUGACGAGCCUAAUCAACCUUAUGAAGAUUGUGAACAGUUGCUGUGCUUUCGAUAUUACAAUGGAGAGGGAGAGGAGUGCGUUGCAGAAUCUCCAACUUUGCCAGCACGAUUUAAGGUUGAUCUCAAGAAGUUGCCAUCGAGACUCAAAGAGGGUAUGUCCCGAAAGAGGAGCGGUGACCAAGUCUCCCCAUUCACUUAUAACAACGAGAGUUUUGAAAUGAACUCUGAAAUUCCUCCUGGAGUCGAAUUCGUUUCAGGAUCCAAUCAUGACAUUAAGAAUCUCAGUGAUAACGUUAAUAAAUGCUCAAUUAGUGUUUUAGAAAGUAACGGGAACAAUGUGAAUCUCGAACAAACAAAAUGUGAUGCUAGUGAAUCUUUAGUUAGUAAUUGUAGUAAAGAAUUUCGUUUUGUAAAUAGUGAAUCUCAAAAUGCUUUGGACAGCAAGCCGACAUCUUCCGGCGUCAAAAAGAAAUGUCCACCUCCAGUUGACACUGGUGGAGGUCAAGCCUUUAACGGUGUUAAGAAGAAGAGUAAAGGCAACACCGGUUUUGAAUCUCCAACUUCGCCAGGUACUGAAUAUUAUAAAAUAUGGUCACCAAAGAAUCCCUGUAAAAUUAUGAAGUUCGUGUACGAUGUUGAAGGAGCUAAUGUAACUAGUGAUGCGGAAAAGUCACCGGUACCUCCAUUACCGCCUAGACAAUCUCACAAACCGCUGGAGAGAACGCAUGCAUUUUCUCCACCUCAGGUACCUAGACAUCGAAAACCAAAAAAACUUACAAAACCCGAAGAUGCUUUUACCUUUGAAUUGAUAGAUAUUGAUGAGCAGUUUUUCACGGAUAAUAACAUUACAAAUUCAGCAGUCUUACAAGGUGAGAUUAACGAUUUUAAACCUGGCGAAUUUUAUUGUGACAAUCAAGUCGCUAUGUCUUCUACUACCAGUUUUUGGAGAGGAGGUCAAAAUGUUGCCCCACUAGCAACACCCGAAACGGACGGCAGCUUAUGUGAAUCUACAGUUUCUUCUAUGAAGUUAAAUAAAAUAAUCGAGGAAAAGAAGUCUAAAGAUGUACCUGAUGGUUUGCCGGAUAUGAGUAAUAAAAAUAAUGUAAUGUUUAUAAAAGAUAUAGGACCCGAUAAUUAUAUCACCACAACAUUUGCUAGGAAAGAAAAAGGAAACCCUAAUACUACUACCAAUGUUACUCCAAAUCAUGCUAAGUCGGAAGAAAAAGCUCAAACGACAUUUUUAAAUGAUAUCAGUAAUCAUUCAGAAUUUGAAGACGAUAACAGAAAUCAAAUCGAAGAGAAAGAAAUUACUUUAAAAGGUCACAAGCCAUUGACUCGUCAAAGUUCCGUACGUGCCAACACACCGACAAUGAUGACAGCUUUUUUGAAUUCAUCUCAUAUCGAUGUACCAAAUAGAGAACCGGACAACAGUUCUAACGCACCGAGUUCUUGUAAUUCGUCUCAUUCGACUUCACCAGUUGAUGAAUCGAGUAAAAUUCUGCCGAGCGUUGGCACUAUGUUGAUGAACAGGAAAUACUCGUGUGAAAGUGCAACGCCGAAACAUAACAGCUUGCCCAGACAUUUAUUGAAAAAUCUUGGCUGUGAGAGCACACCUAAGCAUUCUCCUCACAAAAUAGUAGCAAAAACUAAUCCGGAGAGUCCGAUGCGGCCACAUCCUAGGGUUCUCACGAGGGUAGCGGCGCUCGCCGGCGCCGGCGUUAAUGUGCCGCAGUGUCCGCCGACUCCUACACACCAUGCGAGGAGACCGCGUCCAAUGCCGCCUGCUGACCUCCAUCCUCCACCUGUACAGAAUUCUGAAAGUAGAUUACACGACAACUUCGAAAUGGUCGAAUUCACAAACGAGCUAAGGACGUCCGAGAUAAGGUCUCCAAAUUUAGAAUUCGUCAAUAGCAACCAUUUUACAAUAGUUCAUGCGGGUCCACCAGACGAUGUCAUCUUUAGGAGGCCUAGAGCGGUGGAGGACAGUGACGAUAACGAUAAUGCCGUCGCCUCACCUACACCGUUGAGACAUAUGGCAGGAAUUAGACUACCGUCUAUACCGGAGAGAGCGUCUAGACAGAUGGCCUUGACGGGAGAUUUUCCCGCAAAUAUGAUCGGCGGGAUCAUCGAAUGCGAGGAACCGCUACCAGCAGGAUGGGAAGCGCGAAUGGACAGUCAUGGACGAGUGUUUUACAUCGACCACAUAAAUAGGACGACCACGUGGCAACGGCCAGGGGCGAACGGUACAGCCCCGAGAUCUCCUGCACCCGAAGUUCAAAGGAGACAAUUGGACAGAAGGCCUGAGUUCCUGCAGUGGGGACGUAAAAGAGCUGAUGAUGAUGAUGAUGAGGAAAUAAACCCAGUGAACGACGUGUGCAGGUACCAGUCGAUUCGUCGCACGAUGACGCGCACGCAACUGGAGGAGGCGCCCCCCGCGGUGGGCGGGGCGGGGUCGUCGCGCGGGGGCCCGCACGCGCCUCACCCCGCCGCCGACUUCCUCGCCAGGCCAGACUUCUACUCCAUCCUGCACAUGAACCAGGAAGCGUCUGCGCUAUACAACUGCAACUCGACUCUGAAACAUAUGAUAUCGAAGAUCCGUCGCGACACAGCAUCGUUCGAGCGGUACCAGCACAACCGCGAUCUGGUGGCACUCGUCAACAUGUUCAGCGACGCAGAACGGGACUUGCCUCUCGGCUGGGACACCAAACUCGACAGAAACGGAAAGCGGUUCUUCGUGGACCACGUGAUGAGGCGGACCACUUUCAUUGACCCGCGGUUGCCGCGUGCGCCUCAAGCGGGACCGUUCUCGCCUCUGCUGCCGUCGCGUCGCAGGCACGAACAGGCCCCAACACCUCCUCCCAGGCCACCCGUGACAGUCGGGGAUUCGCAGCCGCUCAACACUCAACAGGAAAUACCCGUAGCUUACAAUGACAAGGAUUCUCACAGGUACUACGAGAAUACAGACUUAAGUAUAAAUCGCUCACUGAAUAGUACAGUAGCACAACUCAAAAACCAUUAUUUCGAGAAUACGCCACAAUAUUAUGGUGGUGGCAUUCCUGCGUCAGCCGAAUAUAAUGUCUAUACUGCGCGAGCGGUGCGGCGGAUGUGGCGCCGCGCUGCGGGACAAGGUGAGCGCCGUGCGGGUGGAGGGCGCGCCCGCACUGGCGCGGCUGCAGAACGACCUCCAACUCACGUGCAUGCUCAGCAAAAAAUGGUUGUGUUGUCACUCAGAAUUGAAUGGUUUCGCACCGCAAGCGCACCUGCUGUGGCGACGAUGGCGGUACGUGCGUACGCGAAACACGACGCUAUUAUUCGCGAUACAAUCUCCUUCGUUAGUCUCCUAAUUAGGGUCAUUACGGCAGCGACACUGGACUAA